AUGGCUACUCAUCUGGCUCCCCAAUUUGAAGAAGAAGAUUGCAUUGCCUAUCCCGGAAUCGAGGCCAAUAACUUUGAACUCAAGACUUCCAUGAUCAACUUGGUGCAAGCAAAUCAAUUUGGAGGUUCAAAGUUGGAAGAUCCUAAGGCGCAUAUCACCCAUUUCGACAGAAUAUGCCAAACUAUCAAGAUGAAUGGGGUGUCUAUAGAUGCAAUCAAGCUGCGGUUGUUCCCAUUUUCGUUGAGGGAUGAUGCAAUCAAGCUGCGGUUGUUCCCAUUUUCGUUGAGGGAUCAAGCUCUGAGUUGGCUCUUGUUCCCAUUUUCGUUGAGGGAUCAAGCUCUGAGUUGGCUCAAUUCCUUCGGGUCGUUGAGGGAUCAAGCUCUGAGUUGGCUCAAUUCCUUCGGGCCAUUGAGGGAUCAAGCUCUGAGUUGGCUCAAUUCCUUCGGGCCAAUGAGGGAUCAAGCUCUGAGUUGGCUCAAUUCCUUCGGGCCAAAUCAUUUCAACACAUGGGACCAGCUGUACAAAUCUUUCAUGCAAGAAUACUAUCCGCCCUCCAAGGCUGCAAAAUUGAAGAAGCAAAUCCAGAAUUUCCAGCAAUUCGGAAGUGAAAAUCUGUACGAGGCAUGGAAGAGGUUCAAGGAUCUCAGGAGGCAGUGUCCUAGGAAUCUCCUAUCUCCUGGAGAUUUCAUUUCAUCUUUUUACGAAGGAUUAUUGGACAACUACAAGACAGUGUUGGAUACUUCCUCUAUGGGGGGAGUGUUUCUUGAUAUGACGCCCGAUCAUGGAGAGCAGCUGAUAGAAAGAAUCACAGCCAACACUGCGUAUUGGUACAAUGAAAGAGUCGAGCAACCAAGGAAAGAGAAAGCAGUAGGUAUGUUUGAAGUGGAUGAGAAGGUUGCCAUGCAAGCCCAACUGGAUUCGAUCCAACACAUGUUGAAAGAAAUGGUGUUGAAUAAGAAGGCGAAUGCUCAGUCAGUCAUUUCCUCAUCCCAGAUGCCACCCACACCACAAGCCUACUCGAUGGUACAACCAACAACUCCAAGCCCACCACCAUCUUCAACUAUGGCUAUGGUGCUCAGUUGCAUUAUUUGUGGCGGUGCUCAUGCUUCUCAAAGUUGUCAACUAUUGGAACCUGGCAGCCACAACUCUUAUUCAACUGUAGAGCAAGUUGACAUGAUUGGAUACCAAAGACCUCAAGGCCAAGCGCAAUGGAGGAAUCAAGUCAAUCCUUCUUGGAGCAAUCAAGGUUUUCAAGGGAGAAAUCCACCUCCUGGUUUUCAAGGCAACCAAGGCUUUAGAGGUGGAUAUCAAGGCAACCAGCAAUGGAGAGGAAAUCAAGGACAUGGUACGAGCCAAGCAAAUACUCAGAAUCAGCAAGGGUUUUCACAAUCAUCUCAAGAUCCGGAUAUGAAAACCUUCAUGAACAUGAUUAUGACACAAAUGAGCAAAUUGCAAACCGAAGUUGAAGGUCUUCGAGCUCAACAACAAGGAGGAGGUUCCCAAGCUUCUACCCAACCUUCAUUUAAUGGUAAACUUCCAGCAAGCACUGAAAAUCCUAGGAAUCAAGUCAAUGCUGUUGUAACUAGAAGCGGGAAGACUUUGACUGAUCCACCCUUUCCAGACGAUAACAUUGCUCUUGAAGAUGAAGGGAAAGAAAAAGAACUUCUACCACAAAAAAGAGAUCCUGAAGGACAAGUGCAGACAAAGGAGGAUCCUAGCCAAGGUAAAAAGAACAAGGGCAAGCAAAUUGAUGAUUCAGUGAUUCCUUGCAACUUAUUGCCAUUUCCACAAAGGUUGUGGAAGUCCAAAGAAACCGAAAGGGAGAACAAAUUCAAAAUGAUGCUUGACAAGUUGGAGAUAUCUAUGCCUUUUGUGGAUGCUGUUACUCAAAUACCAUCAUACAAGAAAUUCUUGAAGGAUAUUUUGAGUAAUAAAAAGAAGCUGGAGAAGAGUGCAGUAAUAGAUCUUAGUGAGGGAGCAUUGGCAUGCGCUGCAAUACAAAAGAAUCUACCACCGAAGUUGAAGGAUCCUGGAAGUUUUGCUAUUCCAUGUAUCGUUGGAGGAUUUGUUGUGGGUCGUGCUCUAUGUGAUCUCGGAGCUAGUGUGAGCCUCAUGCCUUACUCCCUUUGCAAGAAGCUUAACCUUGGAGAGCCGAAACCCACUACCAUGACACUUCAAAUGGCGGAUCGCUCAAUAAAGCGCCCAGUGGGAGUAUUAGAAGACAUCCCAAUGAUGAUCGAUCAAUACUACAUCCCGGGAGAUUUUGUGAUUCUUGACAUUGAGGAAGAUGCCAAGGUACCCAUAAUCCUUGGUAGACCAUUUCUAGCCACAGCUGGGGCGAUCAUUGAUGUAAAAAGGGGGAAGCUUGUUAUGGAAGUGGCCGAUCACAAGAUUGAAUUUGAUAUAUUCAAAAUGGCCAAACACCAACCAACUUACAUUGAUGAAUGCAAUAUGGUGGAAAUUUGUGAGGUAAAACCUAGUGAAGUCUUGAAGAUUGACAAGGAGUAUUCGAUUGUUGAAGAAUUUCUUGAGAAAUUUGGAAUCUGCACCCAAAAGGAGAUGGACACAUGCGAGCAAGGGAUUUUUGAUCAAGGUGAGGCUGGAGAAAGAAUUUUUGCUGCUCUUGACCCGCUAGGAGAGGAACAUGCACCAAAGGUAGAACUAAAACCUUUACCUCCUAGUCUAAGAUGGUUUUUCAGGAUAUUUUCAGAUUUCUAUUCACCCAGAUGAUCAAGAAAUGACAACAUUCACAUGUCAAUAUGGCACCUUUGCUUUCAAAAAGAUGUCAUUUGGUUU